GACCUAUGAACCCCCAGAGUGUGGCAGCGCUCCGCCAUAUUGACUGUUGUCUUGACUGGAGAAGAUAGGGUGACCAUUUGUGAUCCUAGAACAAAUCGAAACCGUGCUUUUUAACACCUCUAAACUAGUGCUACCUUGACCAAAGGAUAUAUCCGAGAUCUGCGUGAUGGCGAGGAAGAAAAGCAAACAACAAGGAGUCGGGAGCAAGGAGCUGGUGUCCGGACAACAGAGCAUAUCGAAGAGCCCCGUCUCUCCCGGAGAUGCAGCUGGCGGGGAUGCAGGGCUGGAUAGACUGGCGGCCAGGGCGAACCAGCCAAUGCACACCUGCUGCCUCCUGUGUCACCGUGAGUUUAAGGACUGGGGGGCGAGCUCUGCCAACGGUCUGCCUGGGGGCCACGGGGCGAAGCUAGCUGACGCUGUCCCAGCCCUGUCCCAGGCCCUGCUCAGAGAGGUGCCGGGCCAGAAGCUGUCCGACACCGUGCCUUCGCUGAGUCAGUCUCUACUGGGAGAGGUGCCGCUCUGGAUCUGCCAGAGCUGUCGGAAGAGCGUUGAGGAGGAGGAGAGACGGAGCGCACAGGACACGGCUGCACCGGUUCCGUUGUCCCACUCAUCGUCGUGUAGGGCUCAGAGCUGUAGUGAAGGUUACCCAGAGCAGAGCUCGGUAGACUGGGACCCAUCCUCCUUCCUCUCAGCCCACAAGCUUUCUGGUCUCUGGAACUCGGCUCACAGCAACGGAGGGAUCCACUGCAACCACAGCACUGCCUCGCACGCACAGCAAGGAACAGGGGGACCAGCGUGUCACGAGAAGCGAGUCUCUCACGAGGCUCCUGGGAAAUCUGCUAAAACGCCUGGGGCCAAAGUGUGCCCCUACAGCCACCCUUCCCAGAAUUCCAGUGGUUCUUCCCCCGGGAACCCGCUCUCUACCUCCGGGGACCUCUGUAAGACCACCCCAAAGCACUUCAAGACCAUGUGCCGACGACCAACACCGCCUGGGGAAGCAUUCCACCCCAGCGACCACCACCAACACUCAGACCUGUCUGUCCCCCCCAACAGCCCCACUGGCCUCUCCUCCUCCUCUCAGCAUUCCUCUCUCCUGCCCCUCAAGCAGAGCUCCGGAGGGCAGCAGCACGGCCAUGUCACAUCCUCCUCCUCUCCCGGUCUAGCUGCUCACGCCCCCUUCUCCCCGCUGGUACCAAACCUCCACGUCCCUGCAGCAGGGGCCAAGCUGGGGGCCCUGGGUGGCCCUGACUGCCCAACAGGGGCCAAGCUGGGGGCCCUGAGUGGCCCUGACUGCUCAGCAGCGUCCCUCCAUAAGCCCUUGGCAUGUAAGAACUCACACAUUCCUCCUGUGAACGGCCAGCACAGCAAACUGGGCCCCUCCCAGAUGGGCUGUAACCACCCCUGUAAUGGCCACAGUGGGGGGGCGCUGCCCUCUUCCAACGUGGGACACCUGACCGCUGGGCAACACCUGACCGCUGGGCAACACCUGACCGCUGGGCAACACCUGACCGCUGGUGCCUGCAGGGACCAGGCGUGUAAAGGACAUAAGCUGUCUAACGGGGCGGGGGGGUUGUGUCACCCCCCUUCGGAGCUGGAGGAGGGAGAGGACGAGGACUCUAGUUCUGAGAGGAGCUCCUGUGCUUCCUCCUCAAACAACCAGAAGGAUGGGAAGUACUGUGACUGCUGCUACUGUGAGUUCUUCGGACACAACGCGCCCCCGGCGGCUCCGACCAGCCGUAACUACACAGAGAUCCGAGAGAAGCUCCGGUCCCGGCUGACGCGUCGUAAGGAGGAGUGUCUUCCCCAGAGACGGGACUCUGACCCGGCCGUGUCCACCUCCAUCGACCACCGAGACGUGGACGAGCUGCUGGACUUCAUCAACUCCUCAGAGCACAAACCAGCCAACAGCGCUAAGGCUGCCAAGCGGGCACGCCAUAAACAGAAGAAGAAGGAGAAGCAGACCCAGGCGGGUAGUGGUGAUGGUGAGGGAGCUGGUAGCGACCCCCCCUCCACCCCUCCAGAGCCCAGUGAGGACCCAGACCACCUUAGCCUGGAGGAGGAGGAGGAGGAUGUGGAGUACGGUGAGGGCCCGGAGGCUAGUCGGCUGCUGGAGUGGCCCCAGCUGGAACUAGAGAGGGUCAACUCCUUCCUGACUUCUCGGCUAGAGGAGAUCAAGAACACCAUCAAGGACUCUAUCCGUGCGUCGUUCUCCAUGUACGACCUCAACCUGGAUGUGAAUGACUUCCCGAAGAAGGCUGCUACUCUGGAGGGCAACCAUCUUCUCUCCCACCUCAACGGCUCCUCCUGCUCUGAUCUGCAGCAGAUAGACCUCGACCUGGCCCCUCUCUCCCUGGGUACCUUCAAGAGCCAUCUGGACCUGGUCAGCGGCUGGGAGGAGGCCCAUCCCCGGGACAACUCCCCCAUCGGCCCCAUCUCAACCCCUGCUAGUACUACUGUACCUGGGGUAGGGGGACCAGGGGUUGGUACUGGGGGGAAGGAUGUUCACAGGCUCCACACCACCCCCAGCCUCUCCAAGCUGAUCCGGGUGCGCUCCCCAGAGAGGUGCCUCUCUGCUAGGCCUGAGAAUAAACACCAGGCCCCUGCGUCGAUCCAGACCCAGGCCUCUAUUAAGGUAGCUAAGCCUAAAGAGGAGACCCCAGCUGAGCCCAAGAACAUUACUACUCCUACUCCUGGGGUUAAUGCUGGGGCUGGCAAGCUGAAGAAGGGCAAGAAGCAGCAACGUCAGGACCAGCUGCCUCCAGAACAGAACCAGACCAGACCCGGAUCCAAAGCAGCUGCGGAGUUGCAGAAAACUGGUCCCAACAGUUCUGAUGCUGUGGGUUCUAAGGCUGGUUCUGGUUCCAAACCACCACCUCACUCGGCUGAGAGCCAGAGAACCGGGGCAAGGAGGGCGGAGGAGACCAGACCCACCCGGCAGCAGGCCACCAACGGGACAGUGAGUAGCACCGGUGCCCCCAGCACCCAAAGAGGGAAGGGGGAGGAGCAAGAGGCCAAAGGUCACUCUGUCACCUCAGCCAAUCACAACCAAGCCCAGCAGCAGCAGCAACCCAAGGGGAAGAAUAAGAAGAACAAGAACAAGGGAGAGAAAACCAGCCGCAACAUCGACGAUGUGUUUCUCCCUAAAGACGUGGACCCAAAAGAAAUGGAUGAGAUUGAUCGUGAGGUGGAAUACUUCAAAAGGUUUUGCCUUGACUCUGCUAAACAGACCCGCCAGAAGGUUGCAGUAAACUGGUCCAACUUUACCCUCAAAUAGGUUCCUUCCAACGCAGCCCAGUAACUGACGGGUUCUAGAAUGCAGAACCCCCCCCCCCCCAACGUGACUAUGUCCAUACAACCCCGACGGCCUGAGGCCUUCUCUCAUUCCCACUCUUCCUCUUCUUCCUCACCAAGCCAAGGAACCCUGGUGCAACACCAUUUUCCAUUGGUCAGGACUGCGAUGCUAUUGGCUGACAGCCAGGGAUCAUUCACACACACACACGGGCCUGACUGAGGACCCGCCUCUUUGCUGUUUCACAACGAGGGAGAUGAGAGAUCCAGGUUGAGACACAAGACGGGGGUGUUGGUUCUCCGUCUAUCAGAUCUGAUCUACUGUGUACUUCACUAUGUAGUAUGGAAAACAGUUACCGUUUUACAAUAAAAAUGUGUUUUUAUUGUAAUUGUGGGACAUUUUAACAUUGUAGAAACCUUCUUGGAUUGUUAUUGGUUGGUUCUAUUUGGUGCUUCUGUUCUCUAAAGGUACUGACCCACGAUGAACUUUGACUGUCUUUAGUUUAGGGUAAUCUCCCCCAUCUCUCCCUCAACACACAGCGCUCUGUUUAUGGGCACUCUUUUAGAUAAUCAAUUGUCUCUAAAGGAUUUUACGUUGAUUUUAAGUUCACUGUUGAUCUUACGUUGAUUUUAAGAUCAGAAUAGGUCUUAUGGUUUGGAGGAUGUCAUGUUAGCGCACAUUAUACUGUCAUGGACACCCCCCACCAUGUGUGGGUUGGUUAUCUAUACUGUCAUGGACACCCCCCACCAUGUGUGGGUUGGUUAUCUAUACUGUCAUGGACACCAUGUGUGGGUUGGUUAUUUAUACUGUCAUGGACACCCCCCACCA